CAGUCUUGUGUGUUGGUUUCGGCUGGUUAUGGGACUGUGUGUCUCUGACUUUUCGUGCAGUGGUGGAGGUGAAAGGAGAGGCUGACAGGUACAAAGGAGGGGAGGUGAGCACAAGAGAGGGGUAAGGACAGGAAAACGUGUUAAUAGAAAAGGAGAGACGUGACAAGAAGGGCCCAAAACUAGUCUGCAGCAAGCUGAUUUUCUACUUUGGACUGCUCCGGACUCUAAACCCUUCAGCCUGCCUGGGACUGAAUGGUCCAGGCAGGCCAAAGGUCCACUCGGUGACUCUCCUGAGUGAGUGGCUCCUCCUCGGAGAGAUAACCAGCUCUCCAGCCUCUCCGGGAACCAGCUUCCGCUCUGCCCCGGUCUGAAACCUCGCAGAACUCUGGAGGACUCGACUCCUGUGGCCAGUCCAGAGGGAUCGGCUUAUAAAGAUCAAGACAGGACUGACGGGAAACUCUUAUGAAGGUGCACAAAGCAGAAGCCACUAUGGAGAAUCACGUCACACAGAUUUCCCGGGACGACCUGGAAGAGCUCAGGGAGGCCUUUAAUAGAAUUGAUAUUGAUAACAGCGGCUUCGUGAGCGACUUUGAGCUCCAGGAGCUGUUCAGGGAGGCCAGUUUCUCCCUGCCGGGGUACAGAGUGCGAGAGAUCAUGGAGACCUUCAUCGCUGGAGACACCAACAAGGACGAGAAGAUCAGCUUUGAGGAGUUUGUUUCUAUCUUUCAAGAGCUGAAGAGCAAAGAGUUCAGCGAGACGUUCAGAAAAAUCAUCACAAGGAGAGACGGGAUCCGCUCCUUCGGAGGAACGUCAGAGAACUCCAGCGAGGGAACGCAGCACUCCUACUCUGAUGAGGAGAAGGUGGCAUUCGUCAACUGGAUCAACAAAGCCUUGGCGAAAGAUACAGACUGCCAACAUCUACUGCCGAUGAACACCGACGAUGAAAGCCUCUUCGCCUCCGUCCGCGAUGGCAUCUUGUUAUGCAAAAUGAUCAACCUGUCUCAGCCUGACACCAUUGAUGAAAGAGUCAUCAACACCAAGAAACUCGCCACCUUCACAAUGACAGAGAAUCUGGUCCUGGCACUGAACUCAGCAUCGGCGAUCGGCUGCACGGUGGUGAGCAUUGACGCCCAUGAUCUGAUGGCUGGGAAACCCCAUCUGGUCCUGGGACUGUUCUGGCAGAUUAUCAAGGUUGGCCUCUUUGCUGAUAUAGGAAUCAGCAGGAACGAAGGUCUGAUUGGCCUUCUGUCAGAAAAGGAGCAUCUGGACCAUCUGAUGUCUCUCUCCCCUGAGGAGCUGCUGCUCCGCUGGGUCAACCAUCAUCUACGCAACGCAGGAACAAGCACCAUCAGCGACUUCAGUGAAGAUAUUAAGGACUCACGAGCCUACUUCCACCUGUUGGACCAGAUCGCUCUCCAGGGAGAACAGGACUACAGAAUGAACGUGAAAAUCGACAUGAGCGGCCUCAAUGAGCGUAAUUUGGACCGAAGGGCUGAGCUGAUGCUGCAGCAGGCGGCCCGGAUGGACUGCAGACAGUUUGUUUCUCCUCAUGACGUCACAUCUGGGAACAGCAAGCUCAACUUGGCCUUCGUAGCCAACCUGUACAACAUGCAUCCUGGUGUGCAGAACGGCAGCGGCAACGGCAUAGAUAUGGCACACAUAGAGCCCGAGUCCAACGAAGAGAAAACAUUUCGAAACUGGAUGAACUCUCUGGGCGUCGCUCCAUAUGUCAACCACCUGUACUGUGACUUGUGUGAUGGUUUGGUGAUCAUGCAGCUUUAUGAUAAGGUCAAUGUGCCUGUGAACUGGAAGAAAGUCAAUAACCCGCCUUAUCCUGUCCUGGGGGCCAAUAUGAAGAAGCUGGAGAACUGUAACUAUGCUGUGGAGCUGGGCAGGGACGAGGCUCACUUCUCUCUGGUCGGCAUCGGAGGAGAAAACUUGAACGAGGGGAGCCGAAUGCACACACUGGCGCUGGUCUGGCAGCUGAUGAGGAGGUACACAGUGCUGGUUUUGUCAGAUCUGGGUGAUGGAGAGAGGGUUGGAGAUCAGAUCAUCCUCAACUGGGUCAACACCACCUUGAGCCAGAAAAAAAAGGAAACGCAGAUCAGCAGCUUCAAGGACAAACUGAUCAGCACCAGUCUGCCAGUGAUUGACCUGAUUGACGCCAUCGCUCCCGGUACCGUCAAGUGGGACAUGGUGAAGAGAGCAAAGACAGGAGUGCUGAAGGAGGCUGAUAAACUCAACAACGCAAAGUAUGCGAUCUCAUUGGCCCGUAAGAUCGGAGCUCGUGUCUACGCGCAGCCGGACGAUUUGGUGGAAGUGAAUCCCAAGAUGGUGCUGACGCUGUUCGCCUCCCUCAUGGGCCACAAUUUGAAAAAGGCCAACCGUUGAAACUAACAUGAACAAACCACCUGGAAACCAAACAACAAUAUACAUUUUGUUUAUGCGCAUGUCAUCUUUUUCUCAUCAUGGUAAUUUCUUUUAUUUGACCUUUAACCUCUCCGUGAUCAGAGCAAGACAAUCUGUCAUGCAAACAAUAAGCAUACCUAAAGUUGGAAAUCAUUUCUCGUUGGCAUUUGUCUGUUAUCUGUGAUUUUAUAGAACAAGCUCCCAACUGUUCUUUGCUAUUGCAAUACAUAUAUUUACUUCUUCUGCUAUGUGAACAGAAAAGGAGAUUCAGAUGCAGAAGGAAAAGCAGAAUCAUACACACACAUAUCCUUUAUGUCUGUACAUGUUGUGCAUUGAAUAUUGCUAUUUAAUUAUUAAAGAGAAUCUAUUAAAUGUACCGAGCUGCCUUUAACGUGUGUAUUGUGUCUGGUUAAAUAAAGGGAAAAAAAAACAAUAUACUUAUUUUGAUUAGAGACACUGAGCUAUUUUUUUUAGGACAGUAAAAAGAGAUGUGUUUCAAAAAUAUGUAAAGUGAAAAAGGGGAAGAAAGGAAAUUAUGUUAUAAAGUGAACAAACAAAGUGUAUUUUCUCUUCUUGGAUGACUGAGUAACUUUCUGUAACAUACUCUGUAAUCAUACUGUAAUGUGAUGUUGAAAUAAGUAAAUAAGUAAUUCCA